AUUUAAGCCCCUCCUCCCCUAUGGUCAUUACCUCCGCACUAAAGCUUACUUUUCGAUUUCAGGUCUAAAAAAAGAAAAAAUAACAGAAACAUGAGGAUAGCUUACUUGGACCGAACCGUACACGAAACCGACGGCGAACCGAAACCCAACGGUGACGUUUCAGCCAUAUCCAAAUCCAUCGACCUCCAAGGCAGUGUCGAGACCGGUGACAAAACCACCAUAGCCAGCAAAGACUUCGGCGGUCUUUAUUCAAUCAAACCGUUAGCUUUAAUCAAACCUGCCGGAUCAGGCGACAUUUCUAGGGUCAUCAAAGCCGCGUCACGUAUCCCACGUAUGACGGUAGCGGCGAGGGGUAACGGCCACUCCAUCAAUGGUCAAGCGAUGACAAACGGAGGGCUAGUAAUAGACAUGCGUUCUACAGAGGAAAACCAUUUCCGACUCUUAAACAUUAACGGUUCCUUUUUUAUCGACGUCUCCGGCGGGGCAUUAUGGGAAAACGUCUUGACAAGGUGCGUUUCACGGUUCGGUUUAGCUCCGAGGUCAUGGACUGAUUACUUGAGCUUAACGGUUGGGGGGACGUUAUCUAACGCCGGCGUUAGCGGUCAAGCUUUCCGUUAUGGUCCUCAGAUAUCUAACGUGACGGAACUGGAAAUCGUUACCGGAAAGGGAGACAUAACGGUUUGUUCCGAAACCCGAAAUCCGGAACUCUUUUUCGGAUCCCUCGGUGGGCUUGGUCAGUUUGGUAUUAUUACCAGAGCUAGGGUUAAGCUUCAACCAGCUCCAGACAUGGUGAGGUGGAUAAGGGUGGUGUACACCGAGUUCGACGAGUUCACUCGGGAUGCUGAGUUUCUGGUGAGUCGGGACGACGGCGAGUCGUUUGAUUACGUAGAAGGAUUUGUAUUUUGCAACAAUGAUGACCCGGUUAAUGGAUGGCCAGCCGUGCCAUUGGACCCUGUUCAUGGGUUCAACCCGGGGAUUAUCCCUCAAACCGGUGCCUCAGUCCUCUACUGUCUUGAAGUGGCUUUUCAUUACCAGAAGGGUGACCACCCUUCGAGUGUAGAUAAGGCCGUGGCCGGACUCUUAAAACGGCUGCGUUUCGUGGAGGGGUUGAAGUCUCAGGUGGACCUCAGCUACGUGGAGUUUUUAUUGCGUGUGAAGCGUGCGGAGGAACAAGCGAAGGCCAAUGGCAUUUGGGAUGCCCCGCAUCCAUGGUUGAACCUCUUCAUCUCCAAAUCAAACAUCGUUGAUUUUGAUCAGACAGUGUUUAAGAAGAUGGUGAAAGAUGGAAUCGGUGGUCCCAUGCUGAUCUACCCUCUUAUGCGAAGCAAGUGGGAUAAUCGUACGUCGGUGGCAUUACCAGACAGCGAAAUCUUUUACCUUGUGGCAUUGCUUCGGUUCGUAUCGAGAGGGCCGUCGGUCGAGGAAUCGGUGGCACAAAACCGGGAAAUCGUCGAAUGGUGCAUCAAAGAGGGUUUGGAUUUCAAGCUAUAUCUCCCUCAUUACCAGUCGAAAGAGGGGUGGAAACGGCAUUUUGGGGAUCAAUGGACGAGAUUUGUAGAGAGGAAGGCUAGUUUUGAUCCUAUGGCUAUCCUUGCACCUGGACAAAACAUUUUUAAAAGGACCCAUCUAUCUUAAUUUCUAAUGUAUAUUAAAAAAUUUAUCAUAUUUAACAUGAUUUUAUGUAAAAAGGAAUAUUAUCCUAA